CCAGAUAUGAUAUCUAUUUAAAUCAAAAUAACUUACCGUAACUAGAUACCACAAAAUGGGUGAAAAUGUUAAUGAAAUCGUGCAUGAGAUGCAAAGAUUCUCAUGGGUCGAUUAUGUGGUAUUCGUGUUUAUGUUAGCUGUAAGCGCCGUGGUGGGGGUGUAUUGGGGAUUUAUGAAGAAGCAGACGACUCAAAGUGACUAUUUAUUAGGAGGCCGAAACAUGAAAGUUGUUCCGGUUGCUAUGUCCCUGGUAGCUAGUUUUGUCUCAGGAAUAACAUUACUAGGAUCUCCUACAGAAGUUUAUAUGUACGGUACUCAGUAUGCAUUUAUAAUUGGAGGAAUUUUUCUAAUGUCUUUCGUGAUGACUCAAAUCUAUUUACCUGUUUUCCAUGAGCUUAAAAUAACUUCCAAUUAUGAGUACUUAUCAUUAAGAUUCGACAACAGGUUGCGGUUAUUCGGUUCCAUCCUGUUCACAAUUACUCUGAUAGGUUGGCUGCCGAUCGUCAUUUAUGUACCUGCACUAGCUUUCAAUCAAGUGACUGGUAUUGAUAUACACGUUAUUACGCCUGUUGUGUGUCUGGUCUGCAUAUUUUAUACGAGUGCUGGAGGUCUACAAGCCGUGGUUUGGACAGAUGUGAUUCAGAUCACAGCAAUGUUCGGAGCGAUGGCACUGGUAGCCGUUAAAGGUACUUUAGACGUUGGUGGCUUUGAUGUAGUCUGGCAACGGAAUUUUGACAGUGAUAGGAUAGAGGCUCCUAAUUGGGAUCCUAAUCCAUUAGCACGUCAUACGUUCUGGAAUCUAGUGGUUGGUGGACUCGUAUACUGGCUUCAGGCGAAUUCCGUUAAUCAGACUAUGGUACAGAGAUAUUUGGCUUUGCCUACGCUACGCGGGGCGAAAUGGGCAGUGUUUCUUUUUUGUAUUGGAAUAUCGGUUUUGUACUGCUUCUGUUUAUACUGCGGAUUACUAAUAUAUGCUCGCUUCCACGACUGUGAUCCAUUGCAAACAAAGCUUGCGAAAGCAAAGGAUCAACUUUUACCACUUCUCGUCAUGGAUGUUCUAGGCGAUAUACCGGGUUUGCCUGGAGUCUUUGUUGCUGGUAUAUUUAGUGCAGCUCUUAGUUCCUUAUCAACAAGUUUGAAUUCAAUGUCAGCGGUUGUACUAGAAGAUUAUUAUAAGCCAUUUUUCAAGAAGAACCUAUCUGAAAGGCAAACUAAUUGGUUACUAAGGAGCGUUGUUGUGUUGUUGGGUGCCCUAUGUUUGGGCCUAGUGUUCGUUGUAGAGAAAAUGGGAACAAUUUUGCAACUAACGAUGACUUUAGAAGCAAUGACGAUGGGUCCUCAACUUGGUGUAUUUACUAUGGGGAUCUUGAUGCCUUGGGUGGAUGCUACGGGAGCCCUUGUAGGUGGUAUCAGUGGUCUUGCAGCUAUGUCCUGGUGGUGUUUAUCCGCUCAAAUGGCCAUAGCUCGUGGUCAGAUCUCACAUCCCCAUAAGACACUUACCACUAGUGGUUGUCAGUAUAGCUAUAAUGCAACGGAGGCUAUCACAAGCAUCCAUGUACAAGUUGAUGAAGUAAAUCCCAUUCUACGAGUAUCCUACAUGUGGUACACACUGGCUGGGGCAUUAGUGACAUUAUGCGUCGGCGCAGCAGUGUCUCGCAUUAAUAGAGUACGUGGCAAGGCACAUGUACCGCCCGCGCCGAGGUUGCUAGCUCCUCAAUUGAGAAGGUUCUACAAGGAGCCACCACAUCCGUCUGAUGAACCUUAUAUUAGAGCUUAUGGAAAUAAUAAGGAAGCCUGCGACUUAAAUUCUACCUCAUUGAACUUGAAAAUGAUCGAUGAAUGUGAUGAGAUUAGCUGAGACGAGCUUGUUAACGCGAUACAUUACGAAUUUC